GGUCAACCAGCCCGACAGAGAGGAGCGCGCCGGCGGGCGGCGGCCGGGGGGUGAUGGAGGCGGGCGCCCACCCGGCCCUUUCCCGCUCGCGGGGUCGGGCCCUACCACCGCUUCGGGAGACGCGGCCGCGGGUGAGCACCGAGGAGGAGCUCUGCGACUGCGUCGACUACUACUACCUGCGCGACUUCCCUGCCUGCGGGGCCGGGCGCAGCAAGGGCCGGACGCGGCGCGAACGGGAACUGCGAACCAACAGGCCGGUGCCCGGCGGCCACGAGCGUAAGAUCGCGCAGAAGCUCCUUAACGGCCAGCGGAAGCGCCGCCAGCACCAGCUGCAGCCGCGGCCGCGCACUCGCCUUACCUGAUGCUGGAUACCCGAAAGACCUGAUAAAAGUAUCUUUUCUGACUCCAGCUGUAACUGUGGUCCUGAGGGGAAAAGAACCCAUGUUGGUCAACAGAACUUCUUUUCGACAUCCCUUAUGUGCUUAAAUUUACUAAUUGACGGUUAAAUAACACCCAAGUGGGUAUGCCUUUUAGGGUUUUCAAUUAAAAUAGUGCAGCAAGCUUAGCAUUUUAACUUUUCUGUUUUUGUCAGUUACUAUGGUGCCUACUUUCAAGUCUAUAAAUUUAUUGAGAUCACAGGAUGAAUGGGGCAUCAUCCUUGCCUUAAGUUUAUAGUCUAAUGGGGAGUACAUAGAUAGGUAUUUGUACAAGAUUUGAAUCCAGAUGUCAUAGAUUACUGUGCAGGUUUCAUAUUUGUUUCCAGAGUAGGAAUGUUUUAAAUUACAGUGUGUAUGAACAGUUACUAGGUUCAGUGCACUAGUGCUCUUCCCAACAACCCUUAGAGGUAGAUUCUGCUAUCCCCAUUUUAGAGGAUCCUGAGGCACAGAGAGUUCAAGUAACUUUCCCAGAAAUCACCCAGCGAAUAGACAGUGUACCAAGCAGUUUGACUCCAGUACUUGUCCCCUUGAUUUCAGUACUAUGUUGUUUAGCACAGCAAUAAAUAUUUCAUGAAUUUCAUUUUACCCCAAAUUUUCCAGAGGGGUAUGGCAAAUUUCUUUUUUGAAACAUGCCUACCCCCCUAACAAUGAGAAAAGUACCUCUAUGUCAUUAAACCAUACUAUUUUGUUUUGUUUUGUUUUUUAAAACAUGCUAAAUUGUAAUGGUUUUUUUAAAUGGGAAUGUUUACAGGAGAUUCACUUUUCUCGAUUGAUAAAGAAAUGAUGCUACUCUUUUUAAAUGUGUGUUGUAAUUAUUUUACCCAAGAUUUGACAGGGGAGUGUGUUUUCAGUGCCCCCAACUGAUAGUCAAAAGCUUUCAUUCUGCCCAGCAUCAUAGUUUUCCUCAACUAUUAGACAAUAUUCUUUGGUUCAGAACUGUCCACAGACUCCGUGUCUAGGGAUAAGAGUGAAGCCAAGUUACAAAAUUACACACAGUAUAUUAGUACAAUUAUAAGAAUUUGUUAUCAGUUGUAGGAAGAGUACCAUACCAAGGCAAGUUAUUGGUGGAGGGGUGGUGUAUGGAAAUCCUGUAUUUUGUGCAUGAUUGUUUUGUAAACUCACAACUUCUCUAAUUAAAAAACAAAUUAUGUAUGGG